AUGGUCUACGAUUAUUCGAAGGUGAUGGCCAUUUUCAUUGGUGCUGUUUUUGCAUACAUGCUUUUGAUCAUCUUGAUUGGUCCUGAAAACAGAGGUGCUGACUUCAAUGUGUCGAGAGACGCUAAGAUCGAGGAGGAUGACGUCCACAGCUUGGCUGAGGGCAAAGACAGCUUCGAUUCUGUCCAUAAGGACGAGGUAGCUCACAUUGAAGGUGAUCUUGAGAAGAAACCUCAAGUCACUCACGUGGAGAAUAAGUAG